AUGAGCGUGAAGACGUCGGCGCUCGGACCCAACCCCAUGUCCCCGGCGAACGUGAUGGACCUGUCGGGCCCCAUGGGCACGGGGGGGCCCAUGGUUACGUCCCCGCAGUACCCCGGCCCCGGCGUGUCCCCCUGCUACAGCGGGCCCCAGCUGGUGUCCCCGGGGAGCUCCCACGACUCGCAGCACACAAGCCAGACUCUGGACCUCUCGCUGGCCCGCCCGCCGGGAUCGCUCAGUCUGCCGGCCUACAGCGUCCCACUAGCCCUGAGUACAGUCCGCCGUCGCGCCUUGGGACAGCCUACCCCGGCGGGGGCGCGCCUUUCCAGCAGCCUCCCAUUGACGAACAGACGGAGCCAGUGGACUUCUCCUCCCCUGCGGAACCCGUCAACUUCAGUCUCGCACGCCCCUUGGAGUAUGGCGUCACGCCCGACUACGCCCGUGCGCCCACGGCCCCUGCUUGCCCGCCUCACGACAACGGCUAUGCAGCAACGCCCCGACAGGACGCACGACUUCCGGAAUAUGAACGGCUACAACUCCAUGACAACUCGGCCUUACGACGUCACCACGGCCUAUAACACCGGCUAUAUGGGCUACCAGGGCUACCAGGGAGGCUACAUGGGGGCCGGGAGCUACGGUGCCACAAUGGGUGGGGACUACAUGACCACCACCGCCUGCACCACGCCCUAUCAGCUUUCCCCGUCACGCUCUCAACCUCCGCCCACGCCCAUGCCUGAUAGGUACGCCCAUCAUUCCUGCAACUUACCCUCACAGCUUACCCUUGCAGGCGGUAUGAGCGGGUUCAGUGGCUGCUUUAUUGUCCUUUCUUUCACUAAGCGCAGACUCGUUUCGGUAGCCGUUUUUGUCUUUGUUGUUGUUAAUGCAAAUCGCAAGUAUUACUCUGAAUAUAAACUCCGCUUCAUAAAGUAG